AUGCCCGGAAAAGAAGCAUUAUCUGAGUAUAUGGACUAUGCAACCGUACAUGGCGUUGGGCGAUUGAAAAAUUCACCAUUUAAGGUGCUGAAACUCAUUUGGAUUUUUGCAUUGACAGCCUCGUUUGGAAUGAUCAGCUGGCAAGUUAUAGAACUGUACAUAAAGUAUAGCGAACAACCCAUUUCCACAUCUAGGGAAAUAAAGACGCCGAAAGUAACUAAAUUUCCCCUCAUCACGAUAUGCAACACAAACCCAUUACAGUACUUCAGCUUUCCAGGCGACAGUUAUCUUGAAUUAGUUAUAAAAGAAAUGAGCAGCAAAUAUGAAAUUAAUCCUGACAUGUUUAACGGGACAGAGGAUUUUUAUGAGUAUAAUUACACGGCAUUUGACAGUUCUAACACUAGCUCGAUUGACAAUGAUGUGUUAUUCUACUCGGCCGAGAAAUUUAAGACAAAGAUGGCUCUUCUUGAUUUUGAAACACUGAUUGAAUAUUCGCAACCAAUGAAUGAGUUUAUUUUGAUUUGCAAUUUUGCCGGUUCCAAAUGCACUGAGAACGCCUGGGAUAUUAAACGCUCGUUUGAUUAUGGCCUUUGUUACGAGUUCUACCCCGACUACCAGAUGUGUACGGAUCCGAUGAUACAGUCCGGCUGUGGAAAUGUAGCCUCCGCUGGCCAACAAUAUGGGCUCGAAAUGCUGCUGAAUGUUGAUCAAGAACAAUCCAUUCCGUUUGUAACAUCAUCUACUGGUGUGUUAGUCAUCCCGUCACAUGAAUACCACGACCAUGUCGAAACAAAUCAAGGGAUAUUUGUGCCUACUGGAUUCGAGGCAAACGUUGCUUUGAGAAAGACAUCCACCCACCGGGUACCUGGGAAAAACGUUGAACGACUACGAUGCAACGCUUCUGCAGAAGUAUCAUAUGAGGAAUGUCUUAAGGAUUACCAAGAUAUUCACAUUCUAGAAGUGUGUGGCUGUUUGCAUCAUUUUUAUGAAACCGGUAUGCUCAAUGCUUCCAUCCCUCCAGAGAAAUUGGUGGAUCCAAACACAGGAGAUAUACCUUGCUUUACGGAUGCACAUCAGAAUUGUGUUCGCGAGACGCUUGCUCAAUUCGUUUUGAAAACGCCAGAAAGUUUUGACAAUUGCCUGCCAAGCUGCGAGAAAGAUUCUAUCGACAAAAGGCUUAUGUUGUUGAAUUGGCCGAAUGAGUUUUUUACUCCAAUUCUUCGUCGAAUAGUAAAAUCAAAGCUACCACAGUAUGACUUGGAGUCAUUGAACAGAGAUAAAAUCAGAGACAACAUGCUUCUUUUGCGUGUGUAUUUAGACACACUCUCAUAUGAACACGUCAAGGAGGAGUACUCUUAUGGGAUUGUGAAUUUCGUCAGCGAUAUCGGAGGACAACUUGGACUAUGGGCAGGUUUUUCGAUUUUGUCCGUGCUGGAAGUGAUAGAACUGGUGCUGCUUGUGUUUGCACUGAGGAAAAGGCAAAACGAAACCAGGGAGCGGGAGGCCACAUCUGUUACCCAAGUCCAACCUAUUGAAAAUAACACGGAUGCUUCAGUGAAAGACAAACCAUAUUUUUAA